GACGAUGACUCUGGGUCAGAAGUGGAAGAAGGCGGAGAAGAAGUGGAGAAGAAACCGAAAAAGUAUGUCCCCCCGAAGAUGGUAGCCGUAAGAUAUGAAGAAGGAGAGAAUGAGAAAGAAAUAAAGGCGAUGGAAAGAGCCAAGCGUCGUGCCCUUCAAAGUAGUCUUGAACUUCGCCAACAGUAUAGCGAUGCUCCAGAGGAAUUUCGGGAAAAGAGCCGUCGGAAAUUCGAGGCGGAUAAGGAAAGAGAAAGAUAUGAGGAGGACAAUUUUGUCCGCUUGCGCAUGAGCAAGGCUGAGAAGAAGCGAGAACGGCUUAUGAAUCGUGAUAAUGCCAUUGACGAUCUUUUCAACUUUGGUAAUUACAUGAUGCGCGAUGAAUCUGGUGAAGCCCUUCUAAGCAAGAAAAGAAAAAACAGUCAGUCAGGAGGACCCAAGGGGAAGAAGUCACGAAUUCUUCGGAAGAAGGGGCAGAAGUUGAAAGCAAAGUCAAAGGUAGUCCUAUUUCCAUAUCCUCGUGAUCUUACUUCAUCUAGUAUCUAA